AAAAAAAAUCCACUUAUUCAGUGUUAAUAUUAAAUUAAUAAAAUAAAAUAUGAAAUCGUCAUUAAUUUUAUUAGCGUUCUUGUGCUCAUUGCAGUAUUCUUGGACAAUCAAAUGUUAUAUGUGCCGAAGUUCUCUUGAAGGUCCAUGUGGUGAAUUACUUGAUAAAAAAGCUGAAAAACAACCAUUUGUUCGGAUUGAAGAUUGUAAUAAAAAAUGUAUGACAGCCAAAUAUAAUUUAAGAGGGGAUAGACUUUAUGAACGUUUGUGUACGGAUAUUGAUUAUUGUAAAAAUUUAAAAGAAGGUCAUAAAGAUCCUACUGCAAUCUGCAAAGAAUGUACAACUGAUUUAUGUAACACGGAUUUGUUUUAAUUAUUUGAAUGAAGAAUUUCAAUAAAUUUUUGUUAUCAGCAUAGUAAUCAGAGCAUUUUAGUGUUAAAAAUGUAAUUAUAAAUCGAAUAUAUCAAUUAAAUAAUAAAAUAAUAAUAUAAAUAGC